AUGACGAACUCGAAUGAUAUGUCGCCAAACAACCAAUCGACGGACCAAAGUCGCGAAAUGCCUUUGGAGGCCAUCAUCAACAAUGCAUUUAGGGAUUACAUCAGCAUGACUGGCGGAUCUUCUUCUCCUCAACAGCCUUCGAUGACCAGCUCAAUGUUUCAAUUUAAAGCAAACAUUAAUCCUUCUAAAGGAGGUUCCGCUAAUACCCCUCAAUCUCUUGCUCGAGGGCACUUGCGCCGCCGCCUUUUUUUCCAAAAUGUUUGGAAUCGCCCCACCGCCCCUCCUACUCCUACCCGAGGGUUCUCAGCCCACCGCUCUUUCAUUAAAAGUGUUUGGGAUCGCGCCGGAGCGACCAGUAAGAACUCUGGUGCAGAAACCUCUGCCACUAUCCUUAACCCCAACAUUCAGUCCUUCACUCCAUUCCCAUAUUUCCGUCUUAGAAGACUCGAAUCGGAGGAUGUUGUUGAGGAUGACUGUGGUUUUCCAUAUUGUGGAGGGUUCUGUGCGCUUUAUCCCCCCCGCGCUGCCAAUGACGACAAUAAUGAGGCUGGGCAGCAAGUGAGCUCUUCCGCUGUCCAACAUGGGAGUGGAGCGAUCAUUACCCCAAGCCAAAACAUUCGGCUCAGUGAUGAAGAGGAGUCUGAUCUAGAGGCUGGCUACAAAGUCGAUUGGAUUUCAGAAGACGGUUUUCUAGAUCAUGAUGCUAUUGACUCGGCUUAUUCUUCAAUGUAA